UGUUUUCAAACGCUGAUGGGCUUCAUCCCGAGGAGGAAAUGAUGGCAGUGAUGUCUUGAGCAAGAUGGGUUGCUGACUUUAGUUUUCUCUCUCACCGAGUGGCUGAGGAUCUGAUGUAAUCUGUGUUCGCCAGGAGGCUCUGAGACCUGAGGGGUUCCCCAGACUCCUGGGAGCCAGCAGCUACUCUGCUCUGCUGUUAACCUGAUGAUGUAUAUUUGUGGCAGCCCUGUUUGCGCCAGCUCGCUCCUUAGCGGUCUUUAAAGCAUUUUGGGGAGGUGGCAGGGGAUGGAAUUUCUUGUCCCGUUUCCUUGGAAAGGGAAGUCCUUGGAAUCCGAGCUGCAUGUGUUCACUUAGCCGGGUCAAAAUCCGUUAUCUGCGGAGUAUCAAGUAUGCCCAGGGCACACCCCAAUUCAGAAAAAAUAGAGCAUCCUGCGAAGAGUUGUGUCUGCCUUCGCAACAUGCCCCCCGGGGGGGAUUCAGUGGUCAUUGCUGGGCAUACUUUUCUUCUUGGACAACACUGGCAAAAAGACAGGGAGAUUUUUUUGAGACUGCAAAGCUUCAAGGGGAACUACCUGGCUCACUGUGUCUUUCCAGGAUAUUUCUGCUCUUAUCUGUAGGGUUCGUUCCCCGAUAAGAUCCAAUUCUAGAUACCUUUGUUGCUCAGUGCUUUGAUGGCCCUCACAUCCCGCGUUAAGUACAUUAAUAGAGUCCACACUUUACCCGGCUGUCAAGCAAGUGACAUUUGUUGCUAAGACACUGUGGAACUUACCAGCAAUGAGCAACCACAGAAACAGGCUACCCCACCCCGAAGGAGCUGACUGCAAAAUCUUCCAUCGAGAUCACCCCUGAGGAAAAUGCCUUGAGAUCACCUCGUUUGGAAAAGAGCCCUUGUGGCGGACAAAUGUGGGAGAAACGAGUUCCAGUGCCAGGAUGGAAAGUGCAUCUCCUACAAGUGGGUUUGUGAUGGGAGCGCCGAGUGCCUGGAUGCCUCCGAUGAGUCCCAGGAGACCUGCAUGUCUGUCACCUGCAAGCCGGGGGACUUCAGCUGUGGGGGCCGUGUCAACCGCUGCAUCCCUGAGUUCUGGAGAUGUGACGGCCAGGUGGACUGCGAGAAUGGCUCAGACGAGCAAGGCUGUCUGCCCAAGACGUGUGCCCAGGAUGAGUUCCGCUGCCAGGACGGGAAGUGCAUCUCCCUGGAGUUCGUCUGUGAUUCGGACCGCGACUGCUUAGAUGGGUCCGAUGAGGCGUCCUGCCCCAUGCCCACCUGCAGCCCCGCCCACUUCCAGUGCAACAACUCCGCCUGCAUCCCCGAGCUGUGGGCGUGUGACGGCGACCCGGACUGCAAGGAUGGCUCAGAUGAGUGGCCGCAGCGCUGCGGGGGCCGCAACAUGUCGGCCCCACAAGGGGACGACAACCCCUGCUCAGCGCUGGAGUUUCACUGCCACAGUGGCGAGUGCAUCCACUCUAGCUGGCGCUGUGACGGCGGCCCUGACUGCAAGGACAAGUCUGACGAGGAGAACUGCGCUGUCGCCACGUGCCGACCUGAUGAGUUCCAGUGCUCGGAUGGGACCUGUAUCCAUGGCAGCCGGCAGUGCGACCGGGAAUAUGACUGUAAGGACAUGAGCGACGAGCUUGGCUGCAUCAAUGUGACGCUGUGCGAGGGGCCCAACAAGUUCAAGUGCCACAGCGGCGAAUGCAUCACCCUGGACAAAGUGUGCAACUCGGUCCGGGACUGUCGGGACUGGUCGGACGAGCCUCUGAAGGAGUGCGAGACCAACGAGUGUCUGGACAACAGGGGCGGCUGCUCCCACAUCUGCAACGACCUCAAGAUCGGCUAUGAGUGCUUGUGCCCCGAGGGCUUCCAGCUGGUGGAUCAGCGAAGAUGUGAAGAUAUCGAUGAGUGUCAGGAUCCCGACGUGUGCAGCCAGCUCUGCGUGAACCUCGAGGGCAGCUACAAGUGCGAGUGCGAGGCGGGUUUCCAGCUGGACCCCCUCACCAAGGCCUGCAAGGCUGUGGGCACUAUCGCCUACCUGUUUUUCACCAACCGCCACGAGGUGAGGAAGAUGACCCUGGACCGCAGCGAAUACACCAGCCUCAUCCCAAACUUGAAGAACGUGGUCGCCCUGGACACCGAGGUGGCCAGCAACAGAAUAUACUGGUCCGACCUGUCCCAAAGGAAGAUCUACAGCGCCCAAAUCGACAGAGCCCCUGGCUUCUCCUCCUAUGACACCAUCGUCAGCGAGGACCUCCAGGCCCCCGAUGGGCUGGCGGUGGACUGGAUCCACAGCAACAUAUACUGGACAGACUCCAUCCUGGGCACCGUCUCCGUGGCCGACACCAAGGGUGUGAAGAGAAAGACGCUCUUCAAGGAGAAAGGCUCUAAGCCACGUGCCAUCGUGGUGGAUCCCGUUCACGGCUUCAUGUACUGGACGGAUUGGGGAACCCCCGCCGAGAUCAAGAAGGGGGGUCUGAACGGCGUCGAUGUUUACUCGCUAGUGACGGAGGACAUCCAGUGGCCCAAUGGCAUCACCCUGGAUCUUUCUGGUGGCCGCCUCUACUGGGUUGACUCCAAGCUCCACUCCAUCUCGAGCAUUGAUGUCAACGGGGGGAACCGGAAGACCGUUUUGGAGGAUGAGAAAAAGCUGGCACACCCCUUCUCCUUGGCCAUCUUUGAGGAUAAAGUAUUUUGGACGGACAUCAUCAACGAAGCCAUUUUCAGUGCCAACCGCCUCACCGGCUCAGACAUUAAUCUGCUAGCAGAAAACCUGUUGUCCCCGGAGGACAUUGUCCUUUUUCACAACCUCACACAGCCAAGAGGGGUGAACUGGUGUGAGAGGACGGCCCUCCGCAACGGUGGCUGCCAGUACCUGUGUCUCCCGGCCCCACAGAUCAACCCCCACUCACCCAAGUUCACCUGUGCCUGCCCGGAUGGCAUGCUGCUGGCCAAGGACAUGAGGAGCUGCCUCAGAGAGCCCGAACCUGUCGUGACCCCCCGGGCGACCUCCACGGUCACGGUCAGGCCAACGGUGCGCUCCACAGCCGUGAGGACGACAGUGCGCCCCCCAACCGCGGGGCCAAAGCACACAGCCGGCCCGUGGUCCGUGGCCAGCCCUGAGUUCACCACGCCUGAGACGGUGACAGUGUCCCACCAAGCCCUGGGCGACGCUGCCAGCAGAGGAGACGAGGAGCGACCGAGGAGCGUGGGGGCCCUGUACGUCAUCCUCCCCAUCGUGCUGCUCAUCCUCCUGGGCUUCGGGACCUUCCUUCUCUGGAAGAACUGGCGGCUGAAAAGCAUCAACAGCAUCAACUUUGACAACCCCGUGUACCAGAAGACCACGGAGGACGAGGUCCACAUCUGCUGCAGCCAGGACGGCUACACCUACCCUUCGAGACAGAUGGUCAGCCUGGAGGACGAUGUGGCCUGAGCCGCCGCCUCGAGUCCUGUGCUUCCCCGGAACCUGCUGCCCGACGUGGGCAGGAAGAACACUUUCUCCCAGGACCCUUGACCCGCGCCGCACCCUUCCUCCUGGUCCCUGCAAAGAAAGAAGUGACCGAAAGCACUGUUGGUGGCCACAGCCUCAGCGCCGGCAGCCGCUUGGCCUGCCUGCCAGAGCUUUGUUUUAUAUAUUUAUUCUUCUGGGAGGCAGAACAGGCUUCCGACGGCGCACACGCAACAGGUUGGGGUUGGGUUUUUUUCUUUCUCUAGGAAUAGCGGAGAAGAGCAGGCCAAAGGAGCUGGGGGGACAUCUCUGUCCCCUCCAGGGACCGCUCACUUCUCCCCCUCUCCCGACGCACUGACGGAGGAGCACAGGGGGAGAGGCGGCACAUGGCUUUGAACCGCGAGAGCAGGCACUACCCCCGGGGUCCUGGGUAGCUGCCGGACCCCCGCCUCUCUAGCCCGAGCCCCCAAACUCAGGAGUAAGUGCGUUCACCCCUGCCUUGCUGGACGGCCAGAGUUAGCUUUUGCUCUGCUCCCCCCAGAUCUGGAUCAAACUAGGGUUUCCCCAGCGAGGUUCGUGCCCUCCCUUGAUGCCGGGACUCUGGCGUCGCUGUGGCUCUGGCCAAGUGCAGUAUCCCAGGGUGGGGAUGGGGGGGCACUGAGGCCCCCCCCCUCCAUUCGCCGAAACCGCGACAGCUCCCAGAGAGAGCCCGAGCCACCGAUCGUCCUUAAUAUUUAUUAAGUGCCUGAGCUACCCCGUUACCCGAGGCGCGAAGGCAGCGGCCGCCAACCUCUAAGAGCACCCAUCACUCUGGGUGUGGCUGUCUGGACCCCAGCUCCUUCCAGGUCCCCUUGCACUUUUUUCGUUCGGGGCCGUAUCCUGCGUCAAGUCGACGUUCUUACUAUUUUGCACUGGUUUCUGUUCCGGGUGGGAGGGGUCCGUGCGGAUGAGCCUGCUGUCUGGGGCCUCCCUCCCCCGCCCCCCCCCCAUCAAAAGUCACAAUCACGACUCUCCGGCUCGUGUGGCCGCUUCUGUGCAGAUGCCCCUGGGCCGUUAAUUUCCCCGCGAGAAGACGGUUCGCUUUAGCCCUGCAAGGCAUCCCCUGGGCUUGGCCAUUCUUAUGGGACUUCGGAAACCAAACUUUCUGAUCCUAUCACACAUGUCACACUCACGACCAAAAAAAGAAGUGCGAGCCUCUUGUGGAUUCCUGCCUAAAGUCGUCCAGGGAGUGUCCACGUUCACUGCAUGACCACUAAGCACUGCGUCCUACUCUGAGUUGCAGGAAACUGUGAAAGCCUUUUCUCCUUCGGAAGCAUGUAAAUAAACUGCUGUACAGAUGCGGGGGCGGGGGGGGGUGCGCUUUUUGUUACGUUUGCACUUUGUAUAUUCGUUAGACAUUUAUCACUUCUAUAUAUGAAACAGAGAUCUAUUUAUUUUUGCAAACCCUGGUUGCUGCAUCUGUGACCCCUCUGGGGGCUCUGCAUUGGGGGGAAGUUGUCUCUGAGACGCCUCUUAACUUUUGUACAAAGAUGAUUCGUGCGGGCUUCGCGCGAAGCCCUUCAGGAGAAAUGGGGCCGUGUUGGGUUGUUUUGGGGGAUGGGUACCGCUUUUUACAACCACUGUAUAGAACGUUUUUAUAGCCUGAAUGUCUUACUGUGAUCGAUUAAAUUUCUUAAAUGAA